UGGGGGAAUUACAUGUGAAGUCUGUGCUUCUGCUCGGUGCCAGCUAUUGUACUUUGCGGCAGUAGAUUUUCGAAAUAGUACAAUACAUUUACUCUUGCACUGCUUCCGUGCCAUUCGUCAACUUGCAGCUAUCGACAAUGGGGUCCUCAGGGAAACACAGUCCCAUCAUCCUGGUGCUCAUCGCUGCGUUGCUGCUGAGCUGCGGCAGUUUCUGGGCCAGGGCGGAGGCGGACAACGUCAUCACUCAGUGGCACUUUGCCGCACAGAGAGUUGUGAGGACACUCGGCGUACCUAGCCAAAUUGCGUCCCGGACUUACACCCUGCUUCACGUGUCGCAAUACAAAGCCCUUCAGCUCGCGUACAAGAUAGGUGCCUCGCACCCAGAGGCUGCUGCUGCGUAUGCAGGCCAUUAUGUGCUGUCGGAAAUUUUUCCGACGCAACAGUCCACAAGCUUCGAUGGCCUCAUUGACAAGCAGAUCACUCCACUGGAAUUGACAGAAGAAGAGGAUGCGGCUAUUCGCAAGAUUGGCCUCCAAUUUGCCAAAUCUCUCCUGAAAAAAAGGACACAUGACGGUAGUCAGCAGUGGAUUAAGUUCGUUCCGUCACCUGCCGGAGGUCCCACUGGAAAGUACCAAUUCACCUCAAAUCAAACGUUCGUGCUGUACCCUCAACUGGGCAAGACUCGCCCCUUCGUCAUCAAAUCCGUUGCCAAGUUCAACACAAAUGGUGGCCCAUAUGCAAUCCCCAGCUCCAAGUACAAUACUGACUACGAGGAGAUCGCAACCGUUGGCAACGUGAACUCGUCGUCAUUCACAGAUUUUUUCAAGGAGACGGCAAAGUUUUGGGAGGCCGGCGCAAAUACAUCGACCGUAAACGGCCAGUUGUUCAACGCGACAUUGGCCGUUGUCAAGGACAUCUCCGUCAAGGAUCUCGCCAAGCUAUUUGCAAAGAUUUCUGUGGCGCAGUACGACUCUUCAAUUGCUGGCUGGCAACAAAAGUUCAAGUAUCUGCACUGGAGGCCUAUCACAGCCCUACGUCAAGGAGACUCCAGCCACCAGCCGAUUGUUUUCACUCCUUUCCUUCGAACUCCCCCACACCCGGAGUAUCCGAGUACACACUCGACUGCUGCAGGAUCCUGGGCAAAAGUGCUCGCCAGAUACUUGAGCAUCGACAUCUCUCAACACAUUUCCUCCUAUUCUGUCGCUACUGAGGGGUAUCCGCUGCCAUUACGCACUUACAAUACGCUUGAAGCAGCUGCGGUGGAAGUUGGAGUGAGCAGAAUCUAUGGAGGAGUCCAUUUUCGAAAAGCUAUCGAAGGCGGCACAAAGCUGGGAGUCGAUGUUGGCGACUACGUGUGGGAUCACUUCGAGAAAGAAUUUGGGGAUUUGUAAUCGCCAAGCUCUAUGAAUGACGUUGCCUAGUGGCGGACCCCCUAAAAGAGUACUCAGUGGCCGCUUCGCUGUGCUACUAUCUUCAAGCCGUGUCAUUGUUGUUUCCAACAAUAUUACGAAUUUGAAUUGCUGCAACGUCUGGGUGUCGUUGAUGUUACCCAACUUCUCACUGCAAGUACCUGAUCGGCACCUCACUACCAGAACAUGAGGUUUGCAGUUUGCAAAGCUGGUGUCACCUGGUCUUCACAAGUGCAGAUGAAUUCGUGUUCUACGUCGACACAAGCAAGCAAUAAAAAGCGUACAAAAUGUGAUGGCUCCAGUAUGAAUGCUGUAUGGAAAUAUAUGGAAAACAUUUGCUCUUGUAAUUCAACUGCGCUUUAUCGGGUAUUUACUUGGGUCA